AAGUGAUGUGGUGACGCGAAUAAAACAAACACGUUCGUUGACUGCUGAUUCAAUAUGUGUAUUUUUGUAUGCUAGUGUUGAAUGUCGAUUACACCACUCGAAGUCGCAGUGCGUACUUUACACCGCACGCUUAAUGAUACCAAACUGUCGUACUUAUUAGACUGCUGUAAACCAUUUACACACUUGCACAGUGGGGACAACGUAAAUCGCGCGUUGUUUUCGUCGUUGUUCUCGUCCGGUUGUUUUUGCAUCAACAGCUGACUCGCCUUGGGUGUUAACACUGUGAAUAUCUACAUAAUUACCAGUUAUUGUGCACACAAACACGCGAUUGUGAACAUCACCGUUUUACCUAGCGCUUUCCAGACUGAUUGUUCUACCUACGUGCAGUGUAAUUAUAAUUAAUCGAAACAAACGAAAAUAAUGAAUCUAUCUCGCCUGCGACUGAUCACUUUCGACGUUACUGAUACUUUGCUGAAAUUUCGUUCGGCUCCCGGUAGACAGUAUGGUGAAAUCGGCGCCCUGUACGGUGUGACCGCAGACGACAACGUUCUCGCCGAAAACUUCAAGGCUAAUUGGUAUCGGAUGAAUAAGGAACAUCCGAACUUUGGACUUGCGUCUGGCCUGGGGUGGGAGAACUGGUGGAAACACAUCAUCGCGGGAACUUUCAAGGAUUCGGACUUUAACAUCGAGGGCAAGAAAUUGGACGCGAUUUCGUCUCAUCUAAUUGAAUUGUACAGGACGUCUACGUGCUGGCAACAGUGCUAUGGUUGCCUAAAUCUUUUAUCGUAUCUAACAAGUAAGAAAAUUCCAAUGGGCAUUAUUUCUAAUUUUGAUCCAAGACUGAGCACUACUUUGCUCAACACAAAACUUCGGCAUUAUUUCCGUUUUGUGUUGACAUCUUAUGAAGUAGGCUUUGAAAAACCGGAUCUUAAAAUAUUCGAGCAAGCUAUGAUUGCUUCAAAUCUAAAAAACUUGCAACCCGAGGAAUGCUUGCAUAUUGGCGAUACGCCGUUGCUUGAUUAUUUCGGCGCGCGAAAUUCCAACUGGAAUGCGUUUUUAAUUCAUGACAAAUCGCCGAAAGAAUUGAAAGAUAAAUACGGCGAUGACAUUGAGGAGAAACAUGUAUUUUCUAGUCUGUAUGAUUUGCAUCGAACUUUUGUGGAUAACAAUGAAGAAAAAUUCUUGUCAAUGGGACCAAUAUAAAUGUUAUCAAUUAAAGUUCAUCUAUUUUACACACAAAAUACAUAAGUUUAUAUAAAUGUAUAUUUUAUCAAUAAAAUUUCUAUCCUUUUAA